UGGGAUACUUGCUUGCCGGAAGAGGUGUGAUCAUCAUCCCACAGGAAAACAAUAUUUCACAGAGAUUUUCUGCGAUUCACAGAGCACAGACGAGAGACAUUAUGUCGUUCGAGAAAGGACGUAUAUUUUCUACCUUACCGAAAACUGUUAGAGGCGCUCCAACAGUUUUAAAAGGCGAUCCAAAAGGAAAAAAUUUCCUCUAUACCAAUGGUACCAGCGUGAUAAUUCGCGACAUCGAGAACCCUGACAUUGCUGAUAUUUAUACCCAACAUGCCAAGGAUACAACUGUAGCAGCAUAUGCACCAAGUGGAUUUUACAUUGCAUCAGGAGAUGUCUCUGGAAAACUCAGAAUCUGGGACACCACACAGGCAGAGCAUAUACUGAAAUAUGAAUACCAGUCUUUGAGUGGUGCUAUUAAAGAUAUCGCAUGGUCUGAGGACAGUAAGAGGAUUGUUGUUGUUGGAGCAGGCAGGGAAAAAUUUGCUAAUGUGUUCCUAUGGGAUAGUGGGUCUUCGGUGGGUCAAAUCACAGGACACUCCAAGGAUAUAAACGCAGUGGAUUACAAACUCACUCGUCCAUUCCGCAUCUGUACUGCAAGUGAAGAUUCUGAUGUUGGCUUUUUCGAGGGACCACCCUUUAAAUAUCAUCAUGCUAACAAGAGCCACACCAACUUUGUGAACUGUGUAAAGUACUCUCCAAAUGGUGAACAUUUUGUGUCUGGUGGUGCAGAUGGCAUGAUUUUUCUUUAUAACGGUAAGAGUGGAGAGGAAAUUUGUGCCUUGGGUGGAGGAAAAGCUCACAAAGGGGGUGUGUAUGGGGUAUCAUGGAGUCCAGACAGCAACUUUGUUCUCAGUGCCUCAGCAGACAAGACUGCAAAAAUAUGGGACAUAGCUGCUAACACUGCUUCUGUUGAGUUUACAUUUGGCACAGACCUUGACCACCAACAACUUGGCUGCUUGUGGCAGGGAGAUUACCUCCUUACUGUUGCUCUCACUGGAAAUAUCAACUAUUUGGAUAAGAACAAUCCUUCCUCCCCAAGCAGAAUUAUUAAGGGCCACAACAAGAACAUUUUGUCCGUUGCUUCUUCUGAAGAUGGCUCUACUCUGUACACUGGAAGUUUCGACUCACGAAUUUGUCAAUGGGAUGUGAAAUCUGGAAAUGCUGAGACAUUCAAAGGCAAAGGUCACACAAAUCAAAUAUCAGACAUGGUUUUGUGUGCAGAUAAGUUAGCCACCUGCAGUAUGGACGACACCGUCAGAUUCACGUCCCUGAAGACUCUGGAAUAUGGGUCUGAAAGUACAGGAAUGCAAAGUCAGCCGAACGGCCUCGACUGUGGGAAAGAUGGUCUCACUGUUGUGGCUUGUUUGAAAGAGAUUGCAGUGUUACGAGAUGGAAACGUUGUGCAUUCUCAUCCUGUGGACUAUGAACCUCAGUGCGUUGCUAUCCACCCUGGGCAGACAGAGGUUGCAGUAGGAGGAAAAACGAACGAAAUUCAUAUUUACACUUUGGACAAAAAUACUCUGGUCACCAAGACGAGCUGUUCUCGGUCAUCAGCGGUUAAUGUAGUGAGUGACUUGGUGUACUCUCCAGAUGGUGCUUACCUGGCUGUGGGCGAUGAUAACCGCAGAGUAUCUGUAUUUGACUCUGCUGAUUAUAAGUUGAAGUUUGAGUUGACUGGACCUCAAGCUCGCGUAACUUGUGUAGCGUGGGCACCUGACUCACGGCAUCUUGCCUGUGGUGGACUGGACACCAACUUGUUCAUUUACGACUUAGAAAAGACCAAUGCGAAGAUUGAAAUAAAACGUGCUCAUCCUCAAGGCAUCAUUUCGCGAGUUACGUGGUUGGAUAAUAACACACUGGCCAGUGUGGGCUUUGACUGCUGCAUCCGUUUCUGGAACAUAACUUACUAGAUUAAUUCCCACCCAUCCCUCCCUCGUUUAUGUUUCAAUUUGUCAGCUUUGUGACUAAAGUAAACCGUAAACACUUCUUCCAGCAAACAAGUGCCAUUUUGCGCCAACAUUUUUUACAAUGCACUUAACUAUGUCUGAUUAUAGGAAAAAAUAAGGAUUCUGUUUGUUUACAUUAAACUGAAGCGUGUAAUGUGAAUAUAAAGAGUUAAUAUCAAAACUUUAAUUUUCACCAAGUUACUUGUAUCUGCUUUUCCUUUUCGUAUUUCGUCGGCAGAAAAGCAGAUGACAUCCUCAAAUAGAGCUUAGGCUGCUGAAAACUAAAAAAAUUAACGGGA